CGUACACCCGCUCUUCCAAGUUAGGAGGGGAGCACCCAUCAGCCAAGAGCUAUCCAUACGCACAGCGAUGCACCAGCACGAGAUACUAGCCAUCAUGCGCCUGUCGUCCCUCCUCCUCGUCGUGGCCGCCCUCUCGGCGCGCGCCGCGGCGCAGCAGGUGCCGCCGGUGGGCGGCAGCGCUCUGAAGCCGGACUACUACAGCCAGUCGUGCCCGCGCGCGGAGCGGAUCAUCGCGGAGGUGAUGCAGACGAAGCAGAUGGCGAACCCGACGACGGCCGCGGGCAUGCUGCGCGUCUUCUUCCACGACUGCUUCGUCACCGGGUGCGACGCGUCGGUGCUGAUCGCGUCCACCCAGUUCCAGAAGUCGGAGCACGACGCGGAGAUCAACCACUCGCUCCCCGGGGACGCCUUCGACGCCGUGGUGCGCGCCAAGCUGGCCCUGGAGCUGGAGUGCCCCGGGGUGGUGUCCUGCGCCGACAUCCUCGCGCUGGCGUCGGGGGUGCUGGUCACCAUGACCGGCGGGCCCCGGUACCCGAUCCCGCUGGGGCGCAAGGACUCGCUGUCGUCGUCGCCCACGGCGCCCGACGUCGAGUUGCCACACGCCAACUUCACCGUGGACCGCCUCAUCCAGAUGUUCGGCGGCAAGGGGUUCACGGUGCAGGAGCUGGUGGCGCUGUCCGGCGCCCACACGCUGGGCUUCUCCCACUGCAAGGAGUUCGCCGACCGCCUCUACAACUUCCGCAGCCAGGGCGGGAAGCCGGAGCCGUUCGACCCCAGCAUGAACCCGUCCUACGCCAGGGGGCUGCAGGACGUGUGCAAGGACUACCUCAAGGACCCCACCAUCGCCGCGUUCAACGACAUCAUGACUCCCGGCAAGUUCGACAACAUGUACUUCGUCAACCUGGAGCGCGGCCUCGGACUGCUCAGCACCGACGAGGAGCUGUGGACGGACCCCCGCACCAAGCCCCUGGUGCAGCUCUACGCGUCCAACCCCACUGCCUUCUUCACCGACUUCGGCCGCGCCAUGGAGAAGCUCAGCUUGUUCGGCGUCAAGACCGGCGCCGACGGCGAGGUCAGGCGGCGCUGCGACGCGUACAACAGCGGCCCCGACGUUGGCGGCGCCAUGCCUAUGGCUAUGCCCAUGCCCAAGAUGUGACGCUGCGCGCGCUACAAGUACAACGACGGCGGCCGCACGCGUGCUUGUCUGCCGAUCGAUCGACGGCCGAGCUGUGUGGCACGAUGACCCCUGCUGCUCCUAUAGUCCUAUACGGCGGUCACGAUGGUGUUAAAAAAAAUAUAUGCGGAGAUGUGAUAUGUUUCCUGCUUGAUCAAGUAAUUUAUUUCUAAUCCGUGUGCUGCGAAAAAAAACUCUUCGAAGUGUUGCUGCUUGCUAGUAUAAAUUAAUUUAUUUUUUUA